UCCCAGUUCCUGCUAAGUUUAACAAACUUGCAGUGCUCUCCAGGAUAGCUGGAGCGGCCACAAAGGAAACUCCUGCGGAGGCUGAAGGACUUGGAGACGGGACCUCUACAGGGAGAGGGCAGGCCGGCCCUUGGGGAGAACAAUGUGGCCCCAAGGCUGAGUCCAGUCAGGGUCUGGCCUUGGCCUCAGUCCCCCAAGGAGCCGGCCCUCCACCCCAUGGGGUGGUCGCUGCCCAAGGAGAAGGGGCUAAUUCUCUGCCUAUGGAACAAGUUUUGCAGAUGGUUCCGGAGAGGCAAGUCAUGGGCUCAGUACCGAGAUGAGCAGAACCUGCUGCAACAGAAGAGGAUCUGGGAGUCUCCUCUCCUUCUAGCUGCCAAAGAGAACAAUGUCCAGGCUCUGACCAAGCUGCUCAAGUAUGAGGCCUGUAAGGUGCACCAGAGAGGAGCCAUGGGGGAGACAGCGCUGCACAUAGCUGCCCUCUAUGACAACCUGGAGGCUGCCAUGGUGCUGAUGGAGGCAGCCCCGGAGCUGGUCUUUGAGCCCAUGACAUCUGAGCUGUACGAGGGUCAGACUGCACUACACAUAGCUGUUGUGAAUCAAAACGUGAACUUGGUGCGAGCCCUGCUUGCCCACGGAGCCAGCGUCUCUGCAAGAGCUACAGGACUGGCCUUCCGCCACAGCCCCAGAAACCUCAUCUACUUUGGGGAGCAUCCUUUGUCCUUUGCUGCCUGUGUGGGCAGUGAGGAGAUCGUGAGGCUGCUCAUUGAACAUGGAGCUGACAUCCGAGCCCAGGACUCCCUAGGAAACACAGUGUUGCACAUCCUCAUCCUGCAGCCCAACAAGACCUUUGCCUGUCAGAUGUACAACCUGCUGCUGUCCUAUGAUGGACGUGGGGACCACCUGAAGUCCCUGGACCUUGUGCCCAAUCACCAGGGUCUCACUCCCUUCAAGCUGGCUGGAGUGGAGGGCAACACCGUGAUGUUCCAACACCUGAUGCAGAAGCGGAAGCACAUACAGUGGACAUACGGGCCUCUGACCUCUACGCUCUAUGACCUCACGGAGAUUGACUCCUCAGGGGAUGAGCAAUCCUUGCUGGAACUUAUUGUUACCACCAAGAAGCGAGAGGCUCGCCAGAUCCUGGACCAGACGCCAGUGAAGGAGCUGGUGAGCCUCAAGUGGAGGAGAUAUGGGCGUCCAUACUUCUGUAUGCUGGGUGCCAUAUACGUGCUAUACAUCAUGUGCUUCACCAUGUGCUGUGUCUAUCGCCCUCUCAAGACAAGGACCAGUAAUCGCACGAGCCCCCGAGACAACACCAUCUACCAGCAGAAGCUACUUCAGGAGGCCUACGUGACCCCCAGGGAUGACAUCCGACUGGUAGGAGAAAUGGUGACUGUCAUCGGGGCUGUGAUAAUUCUUCUCGUGGAGAUUUCAGACAUCUUCAGGUUUGGAGUCACUCGUUUCUUUGGACAGACCAUCCUUGGGGGGCCAUUCCAUGUCCUUAUCAUCACCUAUGCUUGCAUGGUACUGGUGACCAUGGUAAUGCGUCUCACCAACGCCAGUGGGGAGGUGGUGCCCAUGUCCUUUGCCCUGGUGCUGGGCUGGUGCAACGUCAUGUACUUCGCUCGAGGAUUCCAGAUGCUGGGCCCCUUCACCAUCAUGAUCCAGAAGAUGAUUUUUGGAGACCUGAUGCGAUUCUGCUGGCUGAUGGCUGUGGUCAUCCUGGGCUUUGCCUCAGCCUUCUAUAUCAUCUUCCAGACAGAGGACUCCAGCGAGCUGGGCCAUUUCUACAAUUACCCCAUGGCUCUGUUCAGCACCUUCGAGCUGUUCCUCACCAUCAUCGACGGCCCUGCCAACUAUGCUGUGGAUCUGCCCUUCAUGUACAGCAUCACCUAUGCAGCCUUCGCCAUCAUCGCCGCGCUGCUCAUGCUCAACCUCCUUAUCGCCAUGAUGGGUGACACGCACUGGCGUGUGGCCCACGAGCGGGAUGAGCUGUGGAGGGCCCAGGUCGUGGCCACCACCGUGAUGCUGGAGCGGAAGCUGCCUCGCUGCCUGUGGCCCCGCUCCGGGAUCUGUGGGCGCGAGUACGGGCUGGGGGACCGCUGGUAUCUGCGGGUGGAAGACAGGCAGGACCUCAACUGGCAGCGAAUCCAGCGCUAUACAAAGGCCUUCCACAGUCUGGGCCCUGAUGACUUGGACAAAAACUCAGCGGAAAAACCGGAGUUGGACCGCCCCCACCUGUUCCUUCCUGUACCCUCGGUCUCUCGAAGUACCUCCCGUAGCAGCACCAACUGGGAGAGACUUCGGCAAGGGACCCUUAGAAGAGAUCUGAGGGGUGUGAUCAACCGGGGGCUGGAGCAUGGGGAGGGCUGGGAGUAUCAGAUCUGAGUGAAUGCUCUUGCUUCAGUUCCCAGAAGUUGCUCACAUUUUCCUGGGGUCAUUAACAAAACAAAACAAAACAAAACAAAACUAGAGCUCUAAUCUCCCAGGUACAAGGGGGGCAUGGGGAAUAGCAUGAGCUCCAAGGAAAGCACAUUGGAAGUAACUGUGCUCUGGGUCUCUAUUACUCCUUCGGCUCUGGGGCAAAUGGAAACCAGCGAGGUGGUCCAAGCUUUGCCCCAAGCAUGGGGG